AUGGAUCCCAUCUCACCAUGCAGCGCAUUCUCCAUUUACGCAAUACGCAAGGACAUCACAGAUCCCCACGACUGUUACCCUCACCCUUACAGCCUCACCAAUCUCUCACCACCACCUAUCGUGACAUCCACCACGUCGAGCAGCUCUCACGUAAGCUUCCAACCGUUUGCGCAGUCUCAUCUUCACCGAGUCAACGAGGAGCGCUUGCAGUCGCUAGAAGACCGACUGCACGACCUAGGAAAUGACGAGAACUACUUGGACUACACCGGGGAAGCUCAUAGUCCGGCGCCGUCUUGCCGAAGCACGUCCAGUACAAGCAGCAAGAAGAAAUCCGGUGAUCAUUCUUCGUCGGGUCCUGUUGUGAUGAAGAAACGAAGACUCGCCGCGAAUGCGAGAGAAAGGCGGAGAAUGCACGGGCUCAACGUCGCGUUCGACAGAUUGCGACAGGUUGUGCCAUCUAUCGGUGAUGACAGGAAGCUGUCCAAGUACGAGACACUACAAAUGGCGCAGACUUACAUCACGGCUUUGACGGAUCUGCUUGUGCGCGACUGA